AUGGAGAACACAUCGUACUUCGGUGAGUUGCACAUACUGCCUUUUGCCGCUAGACACCAAGAUAAGCCGUUCCUCUUCAGUCUAUUUCUUUGUAUCUACACCUCCGGGGUGUUAGUGAAUGUCACCAGCAUUGCUGUGAUAUACCUGGACACCCGCUUACAUAACCCCAUGUACCUAUUUCUUUCUAUGCUGUCGAUGGUGGACAUCUGUUAUACAACCGUCAUUAUCCCGAUGCUCCUGGACAUGCUCUUCUCUACAGGCAACAAAGUAUCACUGACGCAAUGUUUUACACAAAUGUUCUUCUUUUUCAUGGCUUGUGGAGCGGAGGAUAUCAUUAUGUUCAUCAUGGCAUAUGACAGAUAUGUCGCCAUUUGUAGUCCUUUACACUAUACCCAGAUCUUCAGCCAGAAGAACUGUCUCCUCAUAGCCAUCGCCAUCUGGAUAACCGGCGCUCUGAAUUCUUUCUUAUUCACCAUGUCGGCCUCAAACAUGUCUUUCUGUCGGUCCAACACAAUUCAACAUAUCUACUGUGAUUCCAAAGCUCUGACGAAGAUCGCCUGUGUCGGCACCGAACUCUUCUACGUAGUCAUGUAUCUGGAGUUACUUGUAUUUGGUGUCGGGUCAUUUGUGUGCAGUCUGACCUCUUACAUAAAAAUCCUCAGUGUUAUAUUAAGAAUGAAAUCGGAAGAUGGAAGGAUAAAAGUCUUCUCCACCUGCUCAUCCCACCUUGCUGUCCUUCUUCUGUAUUACAGCACAGGAGUCUCUGCGUUUUUGAUUCCCUCAUCAGAACAAUCCUAUCUUCUGGAUCAGAUUUUUACUGCAUUGUAUUCUACACUUACUCCUAUACUCAAUCCCUUAAUAUACAGUCUACGAAAUAAUGAUGUCAAGAGGGCUCUGCUGAGAUUACUGGGGGUCCACAAAAGGUAG